UCCAUCAGAGAGGAAACAGAUUGAAGAAGCGGAGCCGCACAUCAACAGAACUAGUACAAAUCUGCGAUGAGUUUUGAGUGGCCCUGGCAGUAUAACUUUCCUCCGUUUUUUACAUUGCAGCCAAAUGUUGACACGAGACAGAAGCAGUUGGCGGCGUGGUGUUCACUCGUGCUGUCUUACUGCCGUCACCGCAAACUCUACACGCUGGACGUGCUCGAGGCGCAGGAAAGCCCCAUGUUCAACAACAAGAAAAUUGAGAGAAAACUUUCAGUUGAAGCCAUACAAGUAGUUUUUGAAGAAUUGAGAAAAAAAGGAAACCUGGAAUGGUUGGAUAAAAAUAAAUCACGAUGUCUAAUAAUGUGGAGGAGACCAGAGGAGUGGGGAAAACUCAUUUAUCAGUGGGUUUCCAAAAAUGGCAUGGUCAACUCGGUGUUUACACUUUAUGAACUCUCUAAUGGGGAUGACACGGAAAAAGAAGAGUUUCAUGGACUGGAGGAUUGGAUGCUGCUGCGUUCACUGCAGGCCCUGCAGGCUGAUGGGAAAGCAGAAAUCAUCUCUAUGGAUGAUGGAAAAGGAGUCAAGUUCUUUUGAAUCGGGUUUUCUCAAGUCAGACUUUGGGUUGUGGUGUUGGGUUUCUGUCAGCCCAGCAUGAUCUUUUGUCUCAGUCCUCUUAGGAUCUUGUUUGGACUGUAUAUUACACUCCACUGCUAAAUCAGCAAGGCAUUAUUUGGCACAUGAGCCCAAACUACAUGUAAGGGUCUUCCUUGUUGGAACUUGUUUAAAUUGGUGGUUUUACACCUGUCAAAACUGGAGUCGAGUUAAGGAACUAAGAUUUUGUGCUUCACUAUUAUGCAUACAAAGCAAAUGUCAGACCAAAACUAAGGAAUACUAAUAUCUUAAUGUAGAUUGAAUUUGAGACUAAAUCAAUUUGUGUACAUAUGUUUUUAUUUCACUCCUGUUAUCGCUGUCGAUCCUGAAGGACUCUUGUUCUACUUG